CUGAAUAAACUGCUUUAGUUUGUAUUUUUUAUACGAUGGUUAAAUAUUAUUUAACAUCCUGUUUUUACAGUGUAGUGUAUUUUACAGGAUAGUGUUGUAUUGUUUCAUGUUUUACAGUGUAUUAUUGUAUUAUUGUUUAUUUCUACAGUUUAGUGAUUUUUUUCUCAGAGCAGUGUUGUAUGUUAAACCAUACAAAGUUAUUUUUGACAGUAUAAUGUUUUAUUGUCUUUUUGAAGUAUAGUGAAUUAUAAGAUUUGCAGUAUAGUGUAUGUUUUUACAGUGUGGUAUUGUAUUAUGUUUUUUUUACAUUGUAUUGUGUUUUUUCUACAGUGAACUAUAGUACUGUGUGUAUUUUUUACAGUGUAGUACUGUGUGUAUUUUUUACAGUGUACUUGUGUGUGUAACCGGAAACGUGUUCGACCGUAACCACUCAGCUGUUCUAAAUGUGUGACGUUACAUUCUGUCAAGUUAUCUUCUAAAGACGGAAAAAUACAGGAAGUUGGUCAAUGUACCUUCAGAAUAAAAGCAUGUCUAUAAUCAAAACAAACAAAAUAACUGUUUGCAUUGACGUAUCAACUGUUGACCAGUUUAGUUUUAUUUGGUAAUAAUUUUACUGUGAUAAACACCUUCAUGCAUUUUCAUUUCUUUAUUUUAAAUCAUUAAUUUAAAUUACACAACAAAACAUUAUUUGUUCAAUAACUAUUAAAGGAGAAACUAGGAAUAAUUUAGCUGCAGUUUAAUGUAUUAUUUGUUUCUGAAGUACAAAAAAAAUCAUUAUAAAAACGUUAAAAACAUCUUAAAGUGGAUUAUUGUUCACCGGGUUCCUAUUGUGAAAUCAGAACCCGGAAAUUGUGUCAGUGUUGUGUUAUCGACUUGAUGCAGAAGAAGAAGUUGCAGGUUUGGUCGCUGAGACGCUGACAGGAUGAAACUUUGAUCAAAUAUAAGAGAACACGAAGCUGCUGCUGAUGUCAUCAUGGCUCUAAAGGCUGAAGUUCUGUACGACUUCACAGCUGAACCAGGAAACAACGAGCUGUCGGUCCGACAGGGGGAGUCGGUCACUGUGCUGGACCAGACUGUGGGGGGAGGCUGGAUCCAAGCCCAGAACUCCAGCGGACAAACCGGACUGGUACCUGAGGGAUAUUUACAGGUCGGUAACAGAGACGGGGACUCCUGGUCCAGACCUGGGGCAUUAGCUAGUACCCCAACAGCAGGAUGGGACAGUCGCACACAGCAAGCUGUUGAGGACGAUGACGGCGAGUGGGACGACGACUGGGACCACCAAUCAGAAGGUGGUUACCAUGGUGACGAUCAGUUGGAUGAGGAGGGCGGGGCUUCAGGACGACCCUCCGUGAAGAUCUCCCUGAACAAGUUCCCGUUCUCCAAAGGUCCGAGUCCUGAAGUCUUCUUGUUAGCCAAACCUCCAGCUAACACCAGAGACCUACUUCCUGUCUAUAUGGGCGAGGUCGGUCCGGUCUGGUUUUACCCGUCGACUCCUCUCAACUGUUUGAUCGCCGACCCGAAGAAAGAGUCCAAACUGUACGGACUGAAGAGCUUCAUCGAGUACCAGAUCAGUCCCACCACGACCAACAGACCUGUCAAUCAUCGCUACAAACACUUUGAUUGGCUGUACGAGCGUUUGAUGGAGAAGUUUGGCUCGGCUCUGCCAAUCCCCUCGCUGCCUGACAAGCAGGUGACAGGCCGGUUCCAGGUGGACUUCAUCAGGAUGAGGAUGGAGCAGCUCCAGGCCUGGAUGACUCGGAUGUGUCGUCACCCCGUCGUCUCUCAGAGUGACGUCUUUCAGCUCUUCCUCACCUACACAGACGAGAAGGAGUGGAAGUCAGGGAAGAGGAAGGCGGAAAAAGACGAGACGGUCGGACCGAUGAUGUUCAGUCUGAUCGAACCUGAAGCUGCAGAACUCGACGCUGCUGAAGUUGAACAGAAGUGUGAACUCUACAGUCGCUUCACAAAGUCGAUGGACGACGGAGUCAAAGAGCUGCUGAAUGUUGGACACUCGCACUGGAAACGCUGCACCGGACGUAUGUUUAUGUUUAUACAAUGUUUAUAUAUUUAUACACACAUAUCUAUAUAUUUAUACACAUAAA